GAAAAAUAAAACAGCCAUGGAAACAAAAGCAAAGAAAAUUGUUUUUUCAUAUUUUACUUGGUUACCAUGGAAACAAAAACAGUGAUCCUGUCAAUAGAGCGAAUUGUCUCUUUGUGUCACCUUUCUUUUGAAAAUGGCAUUUCGGGCAAGGUAUGCUACGUGUGUGAUGAGGGGCUAAGAGUUAAUCGCACUGUUUUAUUCCGGGAAGAAGCCGAAGUCCGUAGAUUGGCUGUAAAGCGACGAAACGAGUUGGGAUUUGAGGAUGAAAAUCUUAUUGUUGAGAACUCAAGGAAAAUGAGCAUAAUAUUAUCCAAUUUCUGGAACCUUCUAAUGCCCGUAUCAGUAAUAGUUAUUGACUCCAUAGACAAAAAUUGCAACUUUUAUCAAGACCUUGCCAUGGGAAAAGUGUACUACAUUUUUAACAAAGAGUACCCGCAAAAUUAUAGCGCAGGUUCGUCGUGUAAGUGGGUUGCUAAAAGUCCACCAAAUUCCAAGAUAUUUUUGUCUUGCGACGAUAUUACUAUGCCAAAAUCAGUGAAUUGUAAACAAGACCAUCUAGAAAUAUCAUCAAUAGGAAAGAAAAAUUUUACUGAAUCUCAUAAAUACUGUGGAGAAGGUGCGUUUUCUUUGGUAACUCAAGAGAGCACUUUGCAUGUUGUGUUAAAGACCAUGAAAAAAUCCGAAGCAGGUCGAUUUUUAUGCUCUGUAACUGCUGUAGAAGCUAAAACGGAAGAUCAAGUUCCGUUUCAAAGCCCUAUGGUUCAACCCAGCUGUCAGUGCGGUUGGAAAAAUGAUAGGAGAAUUGUUGGUGGUGUGGAUACAAGUGUUAAUGAAUACCCUGCCAUGGUGGGUAUGGUAGAUAGCAAUAGACGCGUCUAUUGUGGAGGAACCAUUAUCUCAAACCGUUACGUUCUUACUGCAGCUCAUUGUGUUCAAAACAGAGAUCCAAAAAGUUUAUUGAUACUUGUAGGGGAUCAUGAUUUGACUACUGGUAUUGAUACUCCAUUCUCUGCAAUUUAUCGAGUCACGGCUUACGAAAUGUGGGAUGGUUAUGACCCUCUAACUUACCAAGGCGAUAUAGCGCUGGUGCAAGUGGAUAAAAUAAAUUUCAACGAAAAUGUUGGUCCUAUUUGUUUGCCUUUCAGGUACAGUUUUAAUACUUUUGAGGGGGAUAAUGUCACUGCGUUGGGCUGGGGACAAAUUGAAUUUUCGGGACCAACCGCCCCUAUUCUUCAAGAAGUCGAUUUGGAAGUGAUUUCAAAUUCUCAGUGCGAGCAGUCUGAAACUAUCGUCAGCUCGGAAAUUUGUACUUUUACACCUGGAAAGGACACUUGCCAAUCCGACUCAGGCGGUCCAUUGCUAUGGCAAAAUCCAGUCAGCAAGAGGCUAUUUUUGUUAGGAAUUAUUUCGCAUGGGGUUGGAUGUGGAUCGGCCGCUCCCGGCAUCAAUACCAGGAUGACUUCGUUCUUGGAAUGGGUCCAGAGAAGAACAAACGAAUAUUUUUGUGCAGCAUGAAAACUGAUAUUUUUAUGUACUUACAUAUUUAUUUAUUUCUUAGAAUAAAGUGUCGUUAUAUACGAAUUAUAUUUUC